CGCACUUCCUGGGGGCUUGCUUCAGAGAGGUGGAGACUGCAGUACGUACACACACACUCUCACAUACUCUCACACUCUCUCUGAUCCUAGCAGUGGCUGAGUGAACAUGCAUUCAUCAUGGCAGCUUCCCCCAACGAGUCAACGCCUUAGCUACACUUGGGUCAUGGAAAUGAGUUCUGCUGCUUGAUGGCAGGGGCCAUUUACUCGGUCGGCUUGCUGCCCUCGUGGCUCAACGGGUUAUGUUGGGACACGUAGCUGUAGUGUUGGUGAGAUGUGAAGGCAUCAACAUCUCUUGAAACUUCUACCGUAAUACGGUGAAGUACCUGGCUUUCCUGCGUAAGAGGAUGAACACCAACCCCUCUCGUGGACCUUUCCACUUCAGAGCCCCCAGCAGGAUCUUCUGGAGGACUGUCAGAGGCAUGUUGCCCCACAAAACCAAGAGAGGACAGGCCGCUCUGGACAGGAUGAAGGUGUUUGACGGUAUCCCCCCACCCUAUGACAAGAGGAAGCGCAUGGUUGUUCCAGCUGCUCUUAAGAUCGUGCGCCUGAAGCCCACUCGCAAGUUUGCUCUUCUUGGGCGUCUGGCUCAUGAGGUUGGCUGGAAGUACGCGGCCAUCACAGCCACCCUGGAGGAGAAGAGAAAGGAGAAGGCUAAGCUGCGCUACGACAAGAAGAAGUGUACGAUCAAGCUGACCAAGGUGGCAGAAAAGAACGUUGAGAGCAAGAUCGCAAAAUACACGGAAGUUCUUUUAGGACACGUAGCUGUAGUGUUGGUGAGAUGUGAAGGCAUCAACAUCUCUUGAAACUUCUACCGUAACAAGCG